AUGUUACGAAGGAGCCAAAGCGCAAACGGCGCUGCCGCGCUAGCACUGGCUAAUCAGAGUCGAGCGCGCCAACCGACAAGGUCGCCUCCAAAGAAGCAUCCAGAAUUCAUCGGCACUAGCGAAACCCAACAGGCUCUCAAGCUAGGCAAAGUGUUUCACACUUUGCACGGAUACCCAGCGCGGCCUGAGCAGAUCCAGUAUGGUUACAUACCUUUGGAUGUAAACCAUCCCAAGGUUGCCGAGGAGAUCCGACGCCAGGAAGCGGCAGGAAUGCCCCCGUGCGAUUGCUCGACGUGUCGCCCAGAUGAAGCGGAGGCUCUAUGGCAGGCACAGGCAGCGCUCACGACGGAGAACUUUGAUCAAGCACUCGCCAUGUGUGCUUCAGAUCUCGACAAACUCGCCAAAGGGUUACCGGAUCUGCCACCGCCUCCUGCGAGUCAGCCAAAAUCAGUCGCUGUUUUCUGUGGUGCCCAGGAUGAGAUACGCACUUCAACUCUCCUCGUCUCCUUGGUGUCCGCGUUUGAAAGUGGUUUCGCAUCGCUAUUUCAUCAAACUUUCAAAGCAUGGGAUUUGGCAAAAAAUAUCGACAUUAUCACGACGCCAAGCGACAUGGCGUUGAUCCUGGUUAGUGAAAUGAUACCUGGACAGUUCGACACACUUUUCAGAUGUUUCACCCAAUGGCAAGUAGAAUUCGACACGGCAGCCACCAUCGCGGAAGCUAGGGCUAACCGAUUGGCGACAAGUAGACCUAACGGACCCAUCCUCACGCCGGUAUCAGUCGAAGGCGCACAAAUCUUGAAAUGCCGGUCAGACGCCCACAAAUUAGCCUUAAAAGAGACACGUGAACAAUUGAAACAACAGGCUCUCUCAACCAAAGCUGCCGAACGUGCGCAGCGAGCUCAGGACAAACUUAACGCAACCGAACUGGCCGCCCGCUUGGCUUUGGAGGCCAAAGCCAAGCGGGCGCAAGAGAAACUUGAGGCGGCAUCUGAAGCGAAGCGGCUCGCUAUGGAACUCAAAGCCCAGAAGAAGGAGCAACGAAUUCUGGCUGCGGAACUUGCCAAACAAGAAGCUGCUCUAGCGAGAGCCGAGAAAAGAUCCACCCUUGCUAGGCGAGAAUCAGGAAACGCGAAUGGCGCACAAGGGUCUCAGGCUCAUCUGGUCGGCCCGCCAGCGGCGACGAGUAGCAAGCGGAUGUCCGAAACUCACGGCGAAGAGCUUGAUUAUCUGGGUCAAGACAAACGAGGCAGGAACUCCAUGUUUCCAGGUAUGAUAAACCUUGUAUUUAUUUCACAUGCAUUCCCUGUCGCCUUUGGAUGCUAA